CCUUGUUUAUAUAUAGUUUCCCGGCAAUCAUCCACCCAAUGGUUGAGUAUCCGAUAAUGAUUCUUGCUUUAAUCUAGAUUCUCCAAUUCUAUCGUUUCUCCUACAUUUAUCAGCCAGCAUUUUUCUGCAAAGGAAAGUGUCCUUUCUGUUCCUCCUUUCUCUCUCUCUGUUUCUCUGAAUGUCACCAUGGAUUAAUACGUUGUUUUUAAUUUAAUGCAUUAGAACUCUUACUUCAUUAUGAUUUUCAAUGCUCAGAUUGUCCCAAGUUCAAUCAUCAAGCUGGCCCUGUGUCCUUUUCACAUAAUCCCAUUAAUGUUUAAUCACUUCCUUGCUUUUCUGGCUCAACAAAAUGUCCCAGGCUCACUUUUUACUUUCCCUUUCAUUUCCCCAAGGAGUCCUUGUGCCUUUCAUUGGACAGUGAUAUUUAGAAACCGAGAGCUGGGUGCUAGGUCUGCUCACCCCAAAUUUUUAUCAAUGGCUUGAGUAAAGGCAUAAGAGAUGCUUAUCAAAUUUACAGACGACUCAAGGCUUGGAGGGGAAACCAAAAUGUAUGAUGAUAGAUGAAUCAGUAAGAUGAGUCAAUAAGAUAAAAUCUGGACCAGAACCAAUAGAUUUAAAAGAGAUCAAUACAAAGUCCUGGGCUUAGGUUGAGAAAGAUAAUUGCAUAACUGCAGGUUUGGGGGAACUCUUACGGGACCAAAGGUGACAUCAAAAAGUAGAUCGGGUUGUUGGCUGCCGUGAGCCAACAGUACUCCAUGACACUUAGGUUGCAUUCAUGAAUUCAACCAAUACUUCUUGAGGGCCUGCUGUAUGCCGGGCACUGUUCUAGAGGCUUGGGAUAUGUUAGUUAAUAGCCAGGCUUGGGAUAUGUUAGUUAAUAGCCAGAUAAGCAAAAACCCCUGCCCACCCCCGCCUCACCCCUCAGUCAAUAUUUUUUUGGGGGAGGGGCAGGUAGGGAGUUUAGACAAUCAAAACCACAGCAAAUAAGCAAAUCAUCUAGCGUGUUAGAAGGUGAUGAGUGCUUUGGAACAAAAUCUCAGGGUAAGGAAUAUUGGGAGAAGUCCAGAUUCUUCAAGGUAAUCUUGGAGCAAGAAUUUGGAGGAAGAAAGGGACUCAGUCUUGUGGCUACCUCCAGGCAGAGGAAGUAGCCAGGGCAAAGUCCCAGCACCAGAGGGUGGGUAAGCCGGGGACAGAGUGCAUGGGAGAGGGUAGUGGAGUACGCUGCGGCCGUGCCCAUGGGGAUGAGGAGAACAUGGGCCUUGCAGCUAGCUACUCACUGAAGGUCCUUGGCUUUUCUUCUGAAUGAGACAGGGAACCACUGGAGGGUCUUGAGCAAAUGGGUGCCAUGACCUACCUGACUUUGGUUUUGUAAGAGUCUCGCUGGCUGCUGAGUUGAGAACAGCCUGCCGGGGGGAGCAAGGGUGGAAGUGGGGAGACCAGUGAGAAGGCUGCUGCAGUCACCAGAAGAAAGAGAGCGAGCGGUACCUGGGCCCUCGGGAGGUGAUGUGUGGUCAGCUUAUGGAUUUCCUAGUAGAUUGGAUGUAGGGAGUGAGAGAAAAGAAAGGAGUUAGGUUUUUCACCUGAGCAACUUAAAGAUGGACUUACUUUUAAAGAGACGGGGAAGGUUCACGCAGAUGGAGCCCGCUCUUGGGAGGGAGCGGGAGAGAUCAGGAGCUUAGCUUGGAACAUGUUGGCUUUGAGAUGCCUGUCAGACAAGACAACCAGUGGAAACGUUGAGGCCAUUUGGAGUUCAGGACAGAGGUCCUGGCUGCAGAUAGAAGCUUGGACGUUGGCUCAAGAUGGAUUAACAGGACUGAUAAAGGUAAUUAGUGUCCAAAGCCUGGGCAGUGCUAGAGCUGGGGGUGCUUGCUGCUGUCCAUAUCCCAUGUGCUGAGAGCCCCUUUAAAAGGGGUGCUGCUAGCUUGGCCUGUGCCCAUAGAAGGGUGUGGGGAUAAUGGAGGUACAGAAGUCAUGGGACGUGGGGAAGGUUGGUUGCAAGAGAAACCUGGGACCAUGUGAGUGCUGUGUCCACCCUGACAGCCCCGCUGUGGGAGAGGAUGUGGCAGGCCCUGGGGAUGGGGUGAGAGCAAACAGCGGUGUCUCUGAGGAAGCUCGUUUUUGGCUGGGGGUGAUGAGGAACGUUCCCAGGACUGCAGCUAAUUCCUGGAGGAACUGUCCCCACUGCCAUGGAAAUGACGAGUGAGGUUGUGAAACUCCUUUUGAUUCGAAAUACAGCAAGAAUUACAUCUUACUGUGAUCCAGUGCCCACUCAAGGAAAGUUGAAACGUGUUUCCCAAAGCUAAUUUAUCUUUUAUGAUCACUGCACUUUGAUACUUUAUAUUCUGCUUCUUUUUUUAACGCUCAUAGGGAGUCACAACGUUAAUUUCAGGCCAUACUAAGGGGUCCAGAUUGCAGUGAAAGCCCUGGUCUCAGCUGGACCGAGUGGCACUCCUGGAGAUGUUAGGACUGGAGGUGGGUAGACCCAGUGCUUUUCUAAGGUGGAUGCCUCUGGGAUCCACUCCAGCCUCAGGGAGUACUUUGCCAUGCGUGGGUUGUGGAGGUCUCACUUCCCAGGGCAGUACAUUAAACCCUUUCAUUCCACUUAAGCUAAUAGUGUCCCGCUCCCCCUACCCGAGGUUCAGCUUGGUGUGGACAGAAUUCUAAGUGUGGUCGCCCGGCUGGGCCCUGGGAGUAAGUGCUGGGCCUGCAGUGAACGCAGCCAAGACCUAAGGUGGGACUGAUCCGUGCAGAAAUUAGACUCAGAAGCAACCAGCCCCCGGCGUCAGCACGAACUCGGCCAAGUACAUUUGGUUACGGACAAGUGGGUGCCAGAAGCUUUAGCUGGAGGGGCGGCAGAAGGAGGGAGCGGAAAUAAAGGAGCAAGACCCAGGCCGGACCCUCAGGGCGCGCACGGUGGAGACCACACCACCCGCUCAGAGGGUCGCCAAGCCGCCGGAAAGGGGCCAGGGCAGCGGUGGGAGGGUCUGAAGGUGGAGGCGGAGAUAUAGGGGUCCGCACCCCGCGGCCGGGCGGCCUCGGCGCCUACAGACCCCUGGACUGGGCCCCUCCCGGUGGGCUCACAGCUGGCGCCCCUUGUGCCCACAGCGCCCAGGAAGGAGGAAGGGAGAAGGGGUCCAGGGGCUGGUCCACCGCCGGCGAGUCCAGUAGAGCCACCUGAGCCAGAGCCCGGAGGACGCCGUUGCUGCCCGAGCCCCGCGCGCCGCGAUGGCCCGGAGAAACCGGCUGCUCCUCCUGCUGUUGUUGCUGCUGCCGCCGUCGCCGCCUGCGACUCUGGCGUUCGCCCCUCGGAUCAGCCUGCCGCUGGAUUCUGAAAAGCGGCCAUUCUUCAGAUUCCAAGCUGAAAACAUCUCCAACUACACGGCCCUUCUGCUGAGCAGGGACGGCAAGACCCUGUACGUGGGUGCCCGAGAGGCCCUCUUCGCACUCAACAGCAGUGUCAGCUUCCUACCAGGAGGAGGGUACCAGGAGCUGCUGUGGAGCGCAGAUGCCGAGAGGAAACAACAGUGCAGCUUCAAGGGCAAGGACCCACAGCGUGAUUGUCAAAACUACAUAAAGAUCCUCCUGCCACUCAACAGCAGCCACCUGUUCACCUGCGGCACUGGGGCCUUCAGCCCCCUGUGCACCUACAUCAACGUGGAGAACUUCACGCUGGCACAGGAUGAGACGGGGAAUGUCCUCCUGGAAGAUGGCAAGGGUCGUUGUCCCUUUGACCCCAAUUUCAAGUCCACGGCCCUGGUGGUUGAUGGCGAGCUCUACACUGGAACAGUCAGCAACUUCCAGGGGAAUGACCCGGCCAUCUCCCGGAGCCAAAGCCUCCGGCCUACCAAGACCGAGAGCUCCCUCAACUGGCUACAAGACCCUGCGUUUGUAGCGUCGGCCUACAUUCCCGAGAGCCUGGGCAGCCCGGAAGGGGACGACGACAAGAUCUACUUCUUCUUCAGAGAGACUGGCCAGGAGUUUGAGUUCUUUGAGAACACCAUCGUGUCCCGCAUUGCCCGUGUCUGCAAGGGUGACAAGGGUGGCGAGCGAAUCCUGCAGCAGCGCUGGACGUCCUUCCUGAAGGCCCAGCUGCUGUGCUCCCGGCCUGACGAUGGCUUCCCAUUCAACAUGCUGCAGGAUGUCUUCACGCUGAGCCCCAGCCCCCAGGACUGGCAGGACACCCUUUUCUACGGGGUCUUCACAUCCCAGUGGCACGGGGGGACCACCGAGGGCUCUGCCAUCUGUGUCUUCACCAUGACGGAUGUGCAGAGGGCUUUCAACGGCCUCUACAAGGAGGUGAACCGUGAGACGCAGCAGUGGUACACCGUGACCUACCCGGUACCCACGCCCCGGCCCGGCGCGUGCAUCACCAACAGCGCCCGGGAGAAGAAGAUCAGCUCGUCCCUGCAGCUUCCCGACCGUGUGCUGAACUUUCUCAAGGACCACUUCCUGAUGGACGGGCAGGUCCGAAGCCGCCUGCUGCUGCUGCAGCCGCAGGCCCGCUACCAGCGGGUGACCGUGCACCGCGUAUCUGGCCUGCACCACACCUAUGACGUCCUCUUCCUGGGCACCGGUGAUGGCCGGCUACACAAAGCAGUGGUCAUGGGCCCCAGGGUGCACAUCAUUGAGGAGCUGCAGAUCUUCUUACCAGGACAGGCCGUGCAGAACCUCCUCCUAGACGCUGACAGGGGACUGCUGUAUGCUGCCUCCUACUCGGGUGUAGUCCAGGUGCCUGUGGCCAACUGCAGCCUGUACCGGAGCUGCGGGGACUGCCUCCUUGCCCGGGACCCCUACUGCGCUUGGAGUGGCUCCAGCUGCAGGCACAUCAGCCUGUACCACCCUGAGGCAGCCUCCAGGCCAUGGAUCCAGGACAUUGAGGAGGCUAACGCCAAGGUCCUCUGCAGCACUUUCUCGGCCAAGCCCCGGGUUUCUGUACCAACAGGCGAGAAGCUGUGUGAACAAGUCCAGUUCCAGCCCAAUACAGUGAACACCUUGGCCUGCCCCCUCCUCUCCAACCUGGCGACCCGGCUCUGGCUGCACAAUGGGGCCCCUAUCAAUGCCUCGGCCUCCUGCCGGGUGCUGCCCACUGGGGACCUGCUACUGGUGGGCAGCCACCAGGAGCUGGGGGUGUUCCAGUGCUGGUCACGAGAGGAGGGCUUCCAGCAGCUAGUGGCCAGCUACUGCCCAAAGGUAGAGGACAUGGUGGCAGAUCGGAGCGGAAAAGGGCCUGUCAUCAUCAACACGUCGCGGGUGAGUGCACCAGCCUAUGGCAAGGCCAGCUGGGGUACGGACAAGUCCUAUUGGACUGAGUUCCUGGUGAUGUGCACGCUGUUUGUGUUAGCCACGCUGCUCCUGAUUUUAUUCUUCCUCUACCGGCAUCGGGGCGGCAUGAAAGACUUCCUGAAGCAGGGGGAGUGUGCCAGUGUGCACCCCAAAACCCGUCCUGUAGCGUUGCCACCUGAGACCCGGCCACUCAAUGGCGUCGGCCCUCCUAGCACCCCACUCGACCACCGAGGCUACCAGGCCCUGUCGGAUAGCUCCCCGGGGCCCCGGGUCUUCACUGAAUCAGAGAAGAGGCCACUCAGCAUCCAUGACAGCUUUGUUGAGGUGUCCCCGGUGUGCCCCCGGCCCCGGGUCCGCCUAGGCUCUGAGAUUCGGGACUCGGUCGUGUGACACCUGACUUCUAGAGGACACCACCCUGGCUUCAGGGGCCGUGAAUACUCAGAGGGGGUCAGCUGGACUUCUGCUUCUCGUGACACACAACGUGGUACCCAGCCAGCCCUUGGGAGUCAUGGAGCUGGCUGGCCAGCUACUCUUCAAGCAGCGUGGCCCCCUCCAAACCAGAUAGCCAUGGCCCCGGAGGUCCUGGCUGAAGAUGGCGCCUGCCUAGGUGGGAAGAACAGUACUUCUUACGUAAACUGAGCCUUCUGAAAAUGUGAAAUGAGAGUGAGAAGUGAGACGACAUAGAAUGCUGUGUACGUGGCCGUUGUAGUUCCCAGCCCUCAGUCUCAGGGGGGACUUUGGGGAGACAGACAGCAGCCUGGCCCCAGUGCUUGGAUUCACCUCGUCCACGGGAAUUAAAGGCAUUGUCACACCCC